AUGGAAUAUUUCAUGAUGCCGACAGAGAAGAUAGCGUCCUUACACCAUUUCAAGAAGACGGAGAAGGAUGUUAUUGGAGGUCUCUGCAGCCUGGCCAACAUCCCCCUCAGCCCGGAGACGGCCCAGGACCAGGAGAGACGAAUCCGCCGCGAGAUUGCCAACAGCAACGAGCGCCGGCGCAUGCAGAGCAUCAACGCGGGCUUCCAGUCGCUCAAAACACUCCUGCCCCACACAGACGGGGAGAAACUCAGCAAGGCGGCCAUCUUGCAGCAGACGUCGGACUACAUCUUUGCCUUGGAGCAGGAAAAGACGCAGCUCCUGGCACAGAACAACCAGCUCAAACGCUUCAUCCAGGAGUUCAGCGGCUCAUCGCCCAAGAGGAGGCGAGCGGAGGAGAAGGAUGAAGGGAUCGGCUCUCCAGACACGCUGGAGGAGGAGAAGGUAGAGGAGGUGAGGAGGGAGAUGUUAGAGCUGCGACAGCAACUGGACAAGGAGCGCUCGGCUCGCAUGCAGCUGGAGGAACAGAUGCGAUCUCUGAGCAGCCAGCUGCAGCCGGAUCGUCUGAAGGUGAUCACUCAGCAGGUGGAGGAGGAGCAGGCGCUCCUCCAGACCCAGACGCUGUUACGGCUGCAGCAGAUCCACGCUGCCGACAGACGACCACACAGUCCACAGGUGCUGGGGUCUCCCACUCCCACUCCCCCUGCCCCAACCCACCACCCCACGGUCAUCGUUCCGGCCCCGACACUAACCCAGCACCCGCACCAUCACGUCACCGUCGUGACCAUGAGCCCGUCUGUCACCACCGGCACCGUGUCCACGUCCAGGCAGAACCUGGACACUAUUGUGCAGGCCAUCCAGCACAUCGAGCGCGCUCAGGAGAGGAGAGCGAGCGCCGAGGAGGAGCAGAGACGAGCCGUCAUCGUUAGCCCCGCCCACGUGGCCAUGGACACCGCCUGCUCGGACACAGACACCGACACAGAGGGAGAGGACUGCUCGAUGAACUGAUUUUCCCCCCCCCGCCCCGCCCCCCCUCCUCCAAUGGACUCACAUACACACACAAACACUUAAAAUACCUACUCACUGUAAGAUUCCCUCCAGGAGCUUGACUACUUUUUAAAAACAAAAUCUUUUUGGCAUUAUCCAAACUCCUAAAUCCAGUGGUUAAGCUCUGUGUCAGUCUUGUGCUGUAAAAUCUCAAAAGAGUAGGAUGGUCAGCGUGCAGAGGAGACCCUGUGGGGGUUCUGAAAGGCUGCUUUUCAACGUCAGAGCCGGUCUGUGGCUACUUGAAGACUUGAGGGUAAAAAGCUCUCCGCGUCAGUCCGUCCUCCUCGUGUGUUUAUGUGCUACAUGCUGUCGCCACCGGCGCGCUGACAGUAUUAUUCGUGCGAGAGUUGAAUGUAACAACACAAUAAGCGAGCAGCUCUUGAAUCUGAAAAAGGGGACGCGGAGCUGCAGUUAUUUCUUCCCCGGUCUUAAUCACUUUGUUUCCACAAAACCCAACUUAAAACUACAACAGAAGGCAUUUCUAAAUUAAAAAGUUAGGGACAAAUUUAAACUUAAUUGCAAAGUAAAUUUGAGGAAAGAUGUUGAAUGAAAUUAUGUCUGAUUUACUUGAAAAAAAAAAAAAAGGUUGUUUUUGAUAUCUUAAUAAGCCCUUAAAAAAUAAGCUGUUGAAUAAUUUACAUGAAUCGUCUUUUUAGUUUUAAUGUUCUUCAUGUUUUUGUUAACUUUUUUUUUUUCCUGCCAGGGUUACUGAAUGUCGAAGGUUAACAUUUUGUUAUAUUGAGAUUAACAACUUAAAAUUGGAGGUUUGUCGGGUUUUUACGGAGAACCGGAGGCCUUGAGAUGAAUCGUGAUUUUAAAUGUUCAUUUCUUAUCUACUGGUGGUCGUUUCACCCCAACUUUAAAAAAAUGAUGUUUUUAUAAAACAGAACCAAAUAUUGCUUCAUUUCUGUAAAACAAACAGCAUUUUAGUGACUGUUAUUAAUUCUUAAAUUGUCUCAUAAUAAUAAUAAUAAUUGACUUAAUCAUAUGAGAAUAUGUAAAGUUCUGCUGAUGUUUGAAUCUGAAACCGACGUGAUUGACAAGCUCUGUUUGAAUGAAGGCUUCCGGUUUUCCUCCAAAGACUUCCAGUCCAUCUUCUGCUCUUGGUUUGUUGAUUUCAGUAACUAUGCACUAGUUUUAUGGUAUUUAUGCAAUUCCAUCUUCAGUCCAUUAGUCGGUGUCGUUUAUACGUGAGGUGAAGUUAUCUAUGCACCGUUGAUGGGUGUGUACAUUACACCUCCAGUCACAGAAUGUAGUCUCUCUGUCGGCCCGGUGCUCUGCUGACCGGCAGCGAGCCGAGGCCCAAACUCCUCCUGUAACUCCACACGUGGUCACGUUUGUUACGUGUCUUGAGUCUCGUCUCGUCAUUUCCACAGCUUGGUAUUGCUUAGAGAGCGGGGUUGGGGGGGGGGGGGGUUUGUGUUAUCUUGUUGUGAGAUAUAUAUACUCACAUGAAUAUCAAAUAACAUCACAAUAUAGGCUGAACACAUCUUACUGGACUCCAACCCCCCAAAAAAGCAUCAUUUUUGGAAAAGGAAUCCCUCCAAGAGGAGAUCAGCAGCUGUUCUGUAGAAUAGUUCACUCUAUGUUUUCAGUGCAUCAGAUGACACAAAAAGUCCAAAACUCUAAUGAAAAGUACUGAACUGAAUUGGAGAUCUCUCCCCGAUUGCACCAAGUCUGUCCACCUCAUGUUGCGUUGCUUAUAUUUGUCGGGACGUUGACUGGAAACCCCUGCUCCGAGCCUCCCUCCCGUCACACUCAAUUUGAUCCGCUGACGUGAUGCUGUAAACAUUCCUUUUAUUUGGAUUUUGUAUCUGUCUUUUGAUCUCUUAUAUGUUCUGUUGCCAAUUGAAUGCAUGUUACUAAUUGCUGUUUUCUCUUCUAUAAAGCGGGCUUUUUUUUUUUUUGCAGGUUUCCUUUUUUUUUUCCUUACAAACACAUGACUGAUGCGUUCAGUGUGAAGCUGUCUUGUGUGAGACGAGCUGACAUUUUUCGCUCACUGAGUCCAGUUUUCUAUCUGGUAGACUAGCGUUUCUCUCGUCAAACAGGGCGAGGGCUUUUAAUAUGUUCUCUGUGAAACUUUGUUUACGGGUUUGGUGUUUCGUUGACGAAUGGUAAGCCACGGGCCGAGUUUAGGCCGAGGUUUGCGAUUGGUCGGCUGAGCACUUCUCCCCAAAUGUUUCUGUAUAUUGUGUUGCAGCACUGUUGUCUUUUGGUGGAAUUUGAGAUAUUUGAUAUGAAGCACUUGCUGUUCUGUACUGCCUGAAUCAACGAUGAGGAAGAAUUAUUUUUUUUGCCAUUUAUUUUUCUGUGAUGCGACUCAACAGCUGUUUAUUGUGUUCUGCUUUUCUGUCUUUUCAUUUGUCUGGUUUUACAUUUUUGAUGACGAGCAUCAUUUUUUUUUUUUUUUUAUACUUUUUGUUAUUUUUCCCAUCAGUCCAGGUCGAUGAGAAGCUGUUAUAUUUUGUUUAUAAAAACUUGGGUAAACAGGCCUUUGUAAAGAUGAAAAAAAAAUAAAAUUUGUACUUUUUUUAUUACA